AUGGCCAGCCCAGAUGAAGAGGAUGUGAGUGGACUCGCCGCUCUGUGGUUGCAAUCGUCUGCCAUUCGCAAAGGCUCUAUGCAACGCAAGUCCCUGCUGCAGUGGCAGGAUCCGAAGAAGAGCGGCCACAUAAAUUUUGAGUCCUUGGUUCUGAAUGCCAAGGUCAUUGAGGUUUGUGUGCACUAUUGGUGCCCCAAAACUGACGGCGUCCCCAAAACCAUGAACAUCGAUGAUCUGAAAUUUGAGGUCCGGCAGUUUCGAGCAGAUCUGAACCUUUCAACGCGACCGGCCCUAGUGCACUGUGAGGCAGGUGCCCUGAAGGCCUUUAUGUCCCUGAUUGUGCGGCGGCAUUACACCGUCCGUCACCGGGUGGCUCAACUAAAGAAAUUGACAUGUUUGUUGAUCUUUUUUGGGGGGAUGUUUGGGGCACAGAAUGCUUGA